ACCUCUGCAAUUACAUAUUCACUAGAGUGUGAUGAAAAUUGAACAUCCUCAAAAGACAGCAAUCAAAUCCCCCACUACCUCCGUCACAUACAACUCAAAACCCAAAGAUCAAAUGAGGUUCCUGAACUCAAACAAGUGCAUUUUCCACUGAACAGUAGGCGCUCUUGCGCAGUGCCAGAGUGAAGUUUGUGGACUCGGGGACUAAACAAAAGAUUCUAUUGAAUAGAUCACUUGAGCAAAGAAUUUGCCGCAUGGAACACCAAGCAAGCUAGGGACGAUCGCCAAUCAGGGGUAGUAGCAUACACUGUCUGCAGAAACUCUCGUGCAUUUUGGUAUAACAGCAAAUCAGACAAUAGUUUCUAGACUGCAACAUCUGUUGACAAAGAACUAUAAGCGGGCAGCUCACCGUUUGCCACCCUGCCAUCAUUGCUCGCUGCUCUACUGGCUAAAGGCUGCAGCCCAAGCUGCAGGCCUUCAGACAUGUUGCCACGUUUGACCCGGCAGUUCCACGGCAAAUAUCUCCAAGUACUUCAGCGCUCCCAAUGGGCCAGCACACGGAACCCGGCAGAGGCGGUGUGAACCAGCAGUGAAAGACUACUUAGCCUCUUAAUGCCGAGCAGGUGCAAAGGAACCAGCCUCCGGGGCGGCGGCAGGUGAUUCCGCGGCGGCAGGUGAUUCCGCGGCAGCAGGUGAUGCCUCAGCGGCAGUAGGGCCUGCUGCAGGCGCAGCCUCCGGGGCAGCGGCGGGAGCCGCCUCGGGAGCAGCGGCCGGGGUGGUAGAUGCGGCCUCCGGUGCAGCUGCUGGGGCAGCUUCAGGGGUCGUCGCAGGCGCAGCCUCUGGCGCAGCGGCCGGGGCGGCCGCGGGUGUUGCUGCGGCGGCCUCGGGAGCCGCAGCAGGAGCAGCAGUUGCAGCCUCCGGUGCUGCUGCAGGGGCGGCUGCGGGCGUGGCUGCAGCUGCCUCGGAAGCUGCUGCAGGUGCGGCUGUGGCGGCCUCGGGUGCUGCUGCGGGCGCUGCCUCCGGAGCCGCAGCAGGAGCAGCUGUGGCGGUUUCGGGCGCUGCUGCAGGGGCGCCCUCCGGAGCUGCUGGGGAAGCUUCCGGAGUCGCUGCAGGGGCUGCAGCGGGGGCCGCCUCGGGAGCAGCGGCGGGGGAAGCAGUCGCAGCCUCCGGGGCAGCUACAGGCGCAGCAGUGGCCGCCUCUGGUGUCGCAGCAGGAGCAGCCGCGGUUGCCUCGGGAGCAGCUGCAGGUGCCGCCUCUGGGGCAGCGGCGGGGGCGGCAGGAGAUGCCUCAGGAGCAGCGGCCGGGGCGGCAGGUGCCGCCUCCGGGGCAGCUGCUGGUGAUGCAGUCGUGGCUUCAGGAGCCGCGGCAGGAGCGGCCUCCGGAGCUGCUGCAGGCGCAGCAGUGGCGGCCUCGGGAGCAGUGGCCGGGGCGGCAGUGGCUGCCUCCGGUGCAUCAGCAGGGGAAGCUUCAGGAGCCGCUGCAGGUGCGGCAGGUGCGGCCUCUGGGGAAGCGGCAGGGGCCGCUGCAGGGGAGGCCUCGGGAGCAGCGGCGGGGGACGCGUCAGCAGCUGGUGAGGCGUCUGGUGAUGGUGACUGCAGCAACACUGCAGCACACAACUCACAAAGCAUGGUGA